AUGGAUCAAUUGGUGAAAUAUCUAACUGGAAACACGUUUAAAGUAUACAGAGCAAGUGGGUUACCCUUUACAAAUCCACUACUGAAGCAAGACAGAGACACGAUUUCAGUACAACUUGCAAAAUGUUUGUAUCAGAUCUACAACCGAAAUAGAUCCAAAUAUGACGAAGAUUUUGUGGUUCGUUACAAUUCAUAUCGAGCUAUCCAACAAGAGAUUGGUAUAACGAGUGGAUCGUUCGAUGAUAUACAGUUUGUAAAUAUAAAGUCGAGAAAUGGUCGGCUUUUACCACGACAAACGUUGGUGUUUUCACGGAAAGGUGACCAAGAAACCAUUUUGCUAAACAGAGUAACAUCGAAUCGAGAGAUUAACGAGUGUUUGCUUCAUACAUUGCAACUGUUGACAAAUACCUUGUUUGUUGAUUAUAUCUUUCCGCCACAUUUCAUUCCACUGCUCAUUAACAAAUUGCUGCCUUUUUUUGAAAAUGAUUUACGACUAGUUUACGAAAUCCACCAAACUGAAUUACUCAAUAAUGUCGAAAUCGAUAUCGAUUAUCCUGACGUGAAACUAUUGCGACUUGAUAGUAGUGGGGAUCAUCUAUAUGAGAGUAUAUGUCGCUUUAUGUAUAAUUCGUCCAAGAUCAGAUUUGAUAGGUUGUCGAUAAAAAAGUUUGUUAGUGAUGUAAUGAAUAUUUGCAAUGAUGGCAGAGUCAGAUUCAACACUGUUGAUGUUGACAAAAAUGAGUUGUUUAUAUUGGAAUUGAUUGGCAAAAUUCACUCGGCGGUUGGCGAAUACAGCGCUAAAUGGACUGUAUAA